AUGGACUCCAACAGGUGGAGAGUUAUUAAAGUAGAGAUUGAGCAAAACCACUUGAUUAGUCCAGCAAGUGGAAAAUUUUAUAAAUCUCACAAGAGCGUAGGGGUUGGAACCAAAAGAGCGUUGCAAUUAGAUACUCCUGAAGAAGUACAAAAGAUCAAGCUAUUUAGAACAGUGAUCAUUGAUUCUGAGGGUAAUGGAAACAUAGAUGUUGAUGAAGGAGAAUCUUGGAAUAGAGUUUAUUACUCCAAUCAAUUGAAGCUUAAAGAAGGAGAUGACCAAGCAGUUCAGAAUUAUUUUUCUCGCUUCCAAUUAAUGGAUCCAAACUUCUUUUAUGUGGCGGAUCUAAAUGAGAAAGGAUGCUUGGGAAAUUUGUUUUGGGCUGAUGCAAGAAUGGGGGUUGCUUAUAGUUAUUUAUGUGAUGUGGUUUCCAUUGACACUACAUGCUUGGAAAACAAAUUUGAAGUCCCGCUGGUGUCAUUUAUUGGAGUAAAUCAUCAUAGACAAUUUGUGGUUCACUUGCAAGCGAGACAAUUGAAUCAUGUACAUGGCUGUUUAGAGCUUGGCUGCAUAUUGGGACGCCCUCCACACGCCAUCAUUACUUACCAAUGCAGAACAUUGCAAACUGCCAUUUCUGAUGUUUUCCUUAGAGCUUCUCAUUGUCUUUGCUUAUCGCAUAUAAUGCAAAGGGUUCUAGAAUAUUUGGGAGGAUUGUUAAAGUAUGAAGCAAUUAAAGAAUCUUUAAAUAUAGCAGUUUACUACUCUCUAAGGGUGGAGCAAUUCAAAGCAGCUUGGGAGUAUAUGGUCCAGCCCCAUGGAACUAGAGAUCAUAAAUGGCUUCAAGCAUUAUUUGAAGAGUCCAGUAUAUUUGAAGGAGACAUUUUUGGCAAGAAUGUUCCCUGUGCAACCAAGUGA